CAGAUCUGGGUUCUCCUGCUUCUGAUCGUCUUCUUCGGCAUGUUGUUUUUGUGCUCAGAAGCCUUGGGCUUCCAAGUUUUGCUGCUUGAACCGCCGGGUUCUCCGGCUGCUCAAGCCUGAUGGAGCCGGCCUGCUCCCUGCUCCGAUGACCCCAUGAGGUCUCGCGGCUCCUUGCUCCCUCACGCAAAUCUACCGAGUUGCACGCUGGAAUUCCCAGAUCUGGCGGCCGUCGCCCAGAUCUGGUCUUCGCCUGCACGGUUUCUCGCCUCGGCGUCCUGGAGUCUGGAUGCAACCUCUAGAUGGGUAGAUAGAAGGGUGUCCCGCUGGAUCGCUCGACCGAAGGCAACCUUGGUACUUCGUGGUUUUAGAUUAUUUUCUCUUCUUUGCUGCUGCAUUGUCGUCUUCUCCGUCGUCUUCGUCGUCGUCGUCGUCUUCGCCGUCGUCGUCAUCUUCGCCGUCGUCGUCGUCUUCGUCGUCGUCAUCGUCUUCGCCGUCGUUGACCUCAACAAUUCUUGCGCAACAGAAGCAGGAGUCACCUUUGUGUGAACCCAGUUCUGGGUUUCGUGAGGAACCCAGGAACCCAGUUCUGGGUUCCUGGGUUCCUCGAAGAACCUAGGUUCUGGGUUCCUGGGUUCCUCGAAGAACCUAGGUUCUGGGUUUCGCGAGGAACCCUUGAAGAACCCAGUUUCUGGGUUCCUCGCGGAACAAACCCUAGUAUUUCUU